CUGACGAGCCCUAGCUUAUUUGACGGCCCAGCGCCGUCGGACACCCCUUUCCAGCGAAUCAUUCUACAGGCCACGCAGUUCAGAAGAUAACUAGCGCUUCAUGCGUGUCCUUGCAAUAAUUUUUCGGCUUCCACAGAGUUUCAGAAGAAAGUAGGUUUACGGUGGUCGCGCAGUCUCAAGGAAAAAAUGGCCGUUGUGUCGGAUACGAAAACCCCUAACUUACGAUGUCUGAAGGCGGCCUUUCUUGCCAUGGAGCCAUCCAACUGCUUAAUUUCAUUAGCCAGGCGAACUUCUGGAGGUUCACUUACUGAAGAAGUUCAGAAUUUCAUUUUAGAGCUUUGUGUUAAUUCUAGUGAUAUUUCAUGCAAUCUUUCAUACAUGAUGAAUAUUUUAAAGAAAGUUAUAGUUGAAGCUGAGUCAACCUGUGAAGUUGUGGUUGAAGGCUUGUAUGAGCAGUUUGCUAAAAUCGCUUUACUUCAGGUGUAUGUGUUGAGAAGGGAAGAAAACAGAAUCUUAAAGAAAAUCUCUUUCUUUUUGCCUAGUGGUAUCGAUGAUCGAAGCUCUCAAAGAAACUUGGUUGUUUCUCUUUAUUGUUCACUGAACUUGCUUGAAGGUGAUACUGGAUGUGCUCUCUGGCCUUCAUGUCUUUUUUUGUCGGAGUUUAUACUUUCUUACCCAAAGUUGUUCUCGGAUAAGGUUUGCUUUGAGGUUGGUUCUGGUGUAGGUUUGGUUGGUGUUGCUCUUGCACAUGUUGGAGCCUCCAAAGUUAUACUAACGGACGGUGAUGGGUCAACUUUGGAAAACAUGAAGUGCAAUUUAGAGCUAAACCACUUAAGAUCGGGGAAGGUUCAGAGUCGAUAUUUGCCAUGGGAAUUUGCAGCCGAGAGCGAGCUUUUGAAAUAUGAACAUGACUGUGUGCUUGGAGCUGAUAUAAUUUAUGAUCCAAAGUGCGUGCCUCAUCUAAUUGAAGUGCUUCGCAUGCUUUUGAAGAGCAAGAGAACUUUCAUUCUUCCUGAAGAGAAAGAAGCUUCAGUAGCUUAUCUUGCUACUGUUAUCCGAAACAAAGAGACGUUCAAUUAUUUCCUCCGGGCAGCUGAGGAAGCUCACCUCUCUGUUAUGGACAUCACUCAAGACUGGCAGCCAUUGAAUCUGCUUCCUUACAUGCUUUCUUACGACCGUACUAGCGUGUGUUUAUACAGAAUUUCAUAAUUUUCUUCUGAUCAAGUUUUCAGAUUUUAUCACCAGAAUUAAUUUGCAGCAUUUUUAUUUAUUAAGGAUGAAAUAUUGCUUCAAAAUAUGUAGAAAUUUCUUAUGAAGCUAUGAUAGUUAUUUGAAGUCUUAAGAA